ACCGCGAUACUGCGAAUUAAAAUAAGUCAUCGAUAACGAUGAGAAAUCGACGCGUACUAGAUGUAAAGCCUGGACCGUUAGGAGUAUGCAUGGUACUAACUGUCCCUGAUGACUUGUUCAUAGAGUGGGCGAAGAUUGCAUACCUGACUUUCAGUUUCAGGUCAUGAAACUGGAAAUAACAGGGAAGGUCUGCAGAUGUUUUUUUUCGAGAGUACAAGGUCUGCAGAAUUUAUUCGUAAUCCUCAGAGGGUAAAUUAACAUAGGUAGUAUACAAAAAAAACGAAAUCAAUUUCCGGUAAGAAUUGCUACUAAUUCAAUUGCAGAUGAUUUUGAUGUUCUAUGUGAAGCUUGUCUCAGCGGCAAGAUGUUCUAUGUGAAGCUUGUCCUCCUCGUUCUCAUGUGCGGCUCCUUCAUGGGCCUUCUCCACUCGCCAUCGAUCCACCAUGGCGACGACGAACACAAAACGCAGUGACCAAAACAUUUUACAUAUUAAGGGCAACCCUGGUGUCUGAUCUUGGAGAUGAGUGACAUUAGAUUGAUGAUUUAUUCUCAAUCUGCCUGUCUGGAAACACAGGUCCCCCGAAGCGUCGAAGGUGAUGUGGACAACGAACGCCGGUCAGAAGGACUGGGGUUACUUGUCGAACGUGAGGAUCGACUGGUCGCGGAUUUCCAUGGCGGUGCAAGAAGUUUCUAGAGCAGAAGAUCAGUUACGAGUAGGGCUCCUGAACUUCGACGGGGAGGAGAUGGACCAGUGGAGGACGCUGUUUCCGCGGAAUGCGGCCGUCUCCGCGGUGCACCUGGAGCGCGUCUCGAGCAACGUCACCUGGGAGCACCUGUACCCGGCGUGGAUUGACGAGGAGGAGCUGUACGCCGCGCCGACGUGCCCGUACCUGCCGGAGCCGGCCGUGGAGGGACUAGAGUACGACGUCGUCGCGGUGAAUCUCCCGUGCAGCGGCGCUACAGGCUGGUCCAAGGACGUGCCGCGGCUGCACCUGCAGCUGGCGGCGGCGAGGCUCGCCAUCGCGGGCAGAUCGGAGAAGGCGGUGCACGUGGUCGUGGUGAGCCAGUGCUUCCCGGCUCCAAACCUGUUCAGGUGCAAAGACGAGGUCAUACGCGACGGCGAUGUGUGGGUUUACAGACCAGACGUGGGCGAGCUCCGGUGGAAGCUCGCGCUUCCCGUCGGGUCCUGCAAGCUCGCCAUGCCGAUCAAAGCACUCGGGGAAUCGUACGUGUCGUCGGCGCCGCGGCGGGAGGCGUACGCGACGAUCCUCCACUCGGAGCAGCUGUACGCAUGCGGCGCCAUGGUGGCUGCGCAGAGCAUCAGGAUGGCUGGGUCAGACCGGGACAUGGUGGCGGAGGAGCAGAGGCUGGAGAGUUGGAGACGAAGGUAGAGUUGUAGCGACCGGAUAAGGAACCUCGUGAGCGGCCGUGGACAGGUGGGGCCAAUGGAACGCUGUCCCCGGAUGAUAACUAGGCUUUUCCAUAUUUUA